AUGAGUUGUGUGCCAUGGAAAGGUGACAAAAUAAAAUCGGAAUCAUCUGAAACACCACAGCCGAUGCCAGUGCGUAUUUAUCAUGAAAAACAGCGCAGGGAGUUAUGUGCUCUCCAUGCCCUCAAUAAUGUCUUCCAGGACGGCAAUGCCUUUACCCGAGACACAUUACAGGAGAUUUUUCAAAGGUAAGAAGAACUUGGUUUGCCAGCAUUAUGUUAAGGGGGGGUGUUGUUUUGUUUUCUGUACAUGCAUUCACUUCUAUAGUUGUAUUUAGUGCCUCAGAAACACUUCAUGAGUUGGGUGAGGAAAAGAAGAGUUUCCAGAAUUUUAACACUGAUUCUGAAUGGUUUCUUGUUUCAUCAGUCACCACACAUUUUACUAAGGAGACCACCAAUACAGUUUGCCUUUUUGUCCAGGGUUCUGCCUCUCUGUACCAGCUUUUGAAGCAGAAACGAAAUCCUCUUAGAGCUGCGCUUUGCAUAGGUUUUUUAAUGUGUAAUUAAAAAGAAGACACACGGGCAAAAUGUAGCCAGGGGAUCUCAUGAGAACACUUAUUUCCGGAUGUUAAAUACAAUUCUUGCUGUCCUGGGUAUGGUGGACCAUCAUCCCUCAGGCUACAUCUGCCAGUCUUUCAUCAUAUCUCUCUGUCUGCUCUCUGGGAACCAGUGUCUUCUGCAAGUCCUCCUUCUCUUAACUCUUCCAUGCACCAUACCAUUCAACUACCCAAGUUGCUUCUGCUCCUUUGAUUUACACAUCAGGCUCUCCAUGCUUCCUCUUUUUGUUAUCCAACUAAACAGUAACUAAUAUGGUCCCAUUAUUGUAUCAUGUGUGUUAGUAACUAGCUUGAAAACAGUGCUUGGAACUAAAAAAAUAGGUGGUAGUCCUUGCGUGUAUGCUUGAUCCUUUAUUUACUACAAAUAUUUUGAGAAAUGUGCUACUCAGCCAUUUGCAAACUGGAAUUCUCCCAAUCUCUCUUUAUGGAUAGUCUUGUGCACCCUUAAUAAUGAGUAAAUAUAACAGAGGGGCUUACUCUUUUGAGUAAAAAUACCUAGGAUCAUACAUAUAUUUUAAAGCUGGUAGUCUGAAGUUUUUGUUCAAAAUUAAAAUAGGUAAUAUAGUCAAGGCAAUAGUUCCUGUGUUGUUUAUGUAGUGUUUUCUUGUUCUUCUGGGAGUUCUCCAUAUUCCUUGAGACUCUUGGGAGGCUUAAUUUAAGACACGGUACAUUUAAGUGGAUUCCCUUGAGUUUCUAUCUGGAACUUAUUGGAACUGAAAAGUGAAGUUUGUGUAAAUGUUCAGGAACAUUUAGAAAAGUUCUUAACAUCUAGGUUCCUGACGAAGGAUUCCGUGGCUUAGGUCUUUACAAAUGUAAUUGUUGAAGGAUUAUGGCUGUACUUAACAAACCCACAAAACUUGCCUAUUACACCCCAGAGCAAAGUGGCCCUAUGCAGUCCUAAUUUGUUAAAUACACCUUUGCCUGCUUUCUUUACUGUCUUAGAUCAUAGACUGUUGUAUUGGUUACCAUGAGCAUGUGAAAUGGAUCAAAGCAGAUCUUUCUUGCCUAUUUAAAAAGUGGCACUGUCUGUUGUUAACCUUUAGGGGAAAGGACAAGGUGCCCUUCGUUCCUCCAGAGCAAUUAUGGAUGAACAAAUGUCAUUUGGCUGUGGAGAGAUCAUUUCAUGGUAAAUGUCUGAGGAUUGCUCAUUUCCAGAUGCCAGUCAUAAUUACAGAUUGAGCUUGUUGGAAUACCACAUAUAGCUUGUUCAUGUGAUUGAAACCAGCAUGACCUACUUGGCUUUGUUCAGACAAUAGUUGAUCUUACUUACAGGAGUGUCAUGCUCUUUCAACACAGAGAGGUAUCUGCCACUGUGAAAUCAAGAAUUUUACCAGUUUUUCAAAAGUGUAGAAAUCAUUGUACUGUAAUUCUUCUGUUUUGGUUGAAGCCUCUAUCAGGGCCCAGUCAUGUUUAGUGUUGUGAAAGUUUAUUCUUGCCACUCUUUGAAACUUUGCUGUCUUUUAUUGUAGGUUCUAUAAUGGUUCAUUGUAAUCUUCUAUAUGUUAGCAAUGACUUUCAUUUUCUUUUUUGAGGGAUAUAAAUCCGGUGACAGAAAAACAAUAGGUUUACUUUGAGAACACUUAAUGCACUUCCCCACUCCCUGUCCAUCCCAGCACCUAUCUCUUCCUACAAAUGCACAGAGUAGUGGACUUAAUUUAUUAACCUUUUUGUCCAUCUUUCCCCAAAUGGUCAGCCUUGCUUCAUCAUCCGCUUGGGACCAAUGCUAUCUUCAUGUUUCUACAAUGUGUUUUCAUGUUCAGGUUGUCUCCCAACACCAUGGUGACACCCCACAAGAAAAGCAUGCUGGGAAACGGGAACUAUGAUGUGAACGUCAUCAUGGCAGCUCUUCAGACCAAAGGUUAUGAAGCAGUUUGGUGGGAUAAGCGCAGGUAAAGAGAACCAGACUGUCAAGAGAGACUUGCCAUCAUUGGAACUGACUUCUUCCUAGUUGGGUUUAUAAAUAACUGUAAGAGCCUAACAGUUUCUUUCUUCUAUUAUUCUCUGUUCAGGGAUGUCAGUGUAAUUGCCCUCUCCAAUGUGAUGGGCUUCAUUAUGAAUCUGCCAUCAAGCCUCUGCUGGGGUCCAUUGAAACUUCCUCUUAAACGGCAACAUUGGAUUUGUGUCCGGGAAGUAGGAGGUAUCUACUAUAACCUUGAUUCUAAACUCAAGGUGCCUGAAUCCAUUGGAGGUGAAAGUGAGCUCAGGUAGGUUUUCUUCCAUCCUAGCCAGUAUAACCUAGGUGCCCAUCCUCUGAACAUAUUGUAAAUUGAAGUGCAUAAUCCGUACAGUGUAGAUUGGUUUUAAUCUCCCAGAGAUGAAGGGAGUAAAGUGUACCAACAGUGGUGAAGAAUGAAAACAAAAGCCUAGACUUUCUCCUUAUCCUUCACUUUUUUGCAACAGAAUUAGCGCAGAUUCAAAAGUAGGCAUUUGACGUUAUUUAGUAAUGGGAACCCAUUUUCAGGGCAAGGGCAACAUUACCCUGGUGGAAAGUUGUUGGGGGCUGCAUUCAACUGGCAGGUGCAACCAGAACCAUACACACACACACUCGUUUUUUCUCUUUUUAGUUUAUUUAAUAUUUAAUUCAUAGUAAGGCUCAAGGCUCACCUUCCAUUUUCUUCAUAGACUUUUAAAACGAAGUUUGUUAAAGGGUGUUACUGUCUUUUGAACAGUAAGAUUUCCCCCCCAAAAGUUCUAAGACCUCUGCAGUUCCAGCUGAAGAAUACCAGUAAGAUCAAAUCAUAACUGACCUGCAAGCUCUUAUAGCUAUUCAAAUGUCAGAAUGUAGGUGCGUACCAAAAAUUACACUCAACAAAAAGAUUGCAUUUGAACCGUGCUUUUUUUCCCCCUACCCACCUUUAACUGCCACAGGAAGUUUUUGAGACACCAGCUGCGAGGCAAGAACUGUGAACUACUUCUAGUGGUGCCUGAAGAGGUGGAAGCACAUCAGAGUUGGAAAGCGGAUGCAUGA